AUGGAGUUUGUCACCGGCUACCGGGCAGAGAUCCUGGACUUUGCCGAGCUGCUCUUUGGCUGGUACCGCCGCUUCCUGUGGGACUCCGCGUGCUGCGCGGGCAGUGAGAGGCCGAAGCGACAGGAGGCCUCCCUCCGCCGCCUGCCGCUGGAUCCAGCCCUUUGGGUGCUGCAUGUGCUGGCCAAUCGGUCCUUGGCCUUCACCGUCGCGGACCCCGGGCAGCAAGUAGGAGGCCGCUUCUACAGCGAGGAGGCUCUGGCGCUGAGGGAUCUGGACCGCUUCAUCACCUUUGUGAGCGCAGGUGAGGAGGAAGAGGAGGCCACAGCGUCAGAGACAGCCCAGCCUCUCUGGCACGUGGACCACCUCCUGCUGCUGACGGACGAGCACGGCACCAUCCUGGGCUUCGACUUCUUGCUGGGGGGCCCAUCGGGGACCUCUGGGCAGGAGUCCUUGGAAGCCCGCGCCAUCGCCCUUCUGUGCCACAGCAUGGCCUGCCCGCUGGGAGCUGGGGAGGCCCGCCGGCCCAAGAUGCUCACCGUGGGAGACCCCACUUUGCACAAGUGCCUGGAACCGCUGCUGUUGCGGCUGGGCGGGCGGAUGAGCCGGGGCCCGAUGCGGGGCUGGGGGCCCAAGCCGGCCUUCACCUUCCACACCACGCGCGUGCGAGCCUGCCACGUGUGCAAGAGGCACAGCUUCGAGGGCCAAGUCACGGCAUGCGGAGGCGCGAAGGGGGAGGGGGCGCGGCACGCGAUUGGUCCAGGCCAGCGCUUUGCCUCCCUCCCUGGCCGGGGGCGCCUCUGGGGCAGGAGGGGGGCAUCGGGGCCCUUCCUCUGUGAGAGCCCGCCGGGGGUGGACUCUCAUCUGGAGAACCAGCUCCUGCAAGUGCUUCUCUCGUGCCCCCCCUCCAUGCCCCCCAGCCAGCACUGCCGCGCCGUCCUCUACUGCUCUGAACGCUGCUGCAAACUGGACUGGAACCGCAGCCCGGAGGACACCGGACACCAGUUCUGGUGCCAGCGCAUGGCCGGCUUGGGCGAUGAGCUAAUGCUCGGGAGCUACAAUCUGCCCUUCACCUUCACGCCAGAGGUGACCAGCGAGCAUUUCAACAAGGAGGGCUUCCUGUCCGCCCGGGGGCUGACCCGAGGCUACUGGGCAGGCGAGAGCAUGCUGGUCAGGGCGCCCGACUACGGUGUGGGACUUCUGGGCGGUGGCGGAGCCCCCCCGGAGCCGGCGGCCUUCCUGCGCAGCGGUGAGCUGGAGGGGGCGAGUGUGGGCGGUCCGGCCCCUGCCCCCUCCCCGGAGCAGACCUCCUCUGAGGGCUCCUCCCGGAGCGCCAGAGAACAGGGGGCUGGUGUUCUGCAGCAGGAGUCCCCGCCCUUCGAGACCCUUCCCCCUGCCAGGGCUACUCUGACCAGCAUUUCCCCCCUCGCAGGUAACCCCUUUGAGGCCCUGAGGCCAGAAGGAGGGACAGCUCUGCCGGCAACCCCCUCGGAGCCCCCCACCCCACGGACCUUCUUUGGCUCCUGGAAAGAGUACUACCAGUGGCGGGGGCUGCCUCUUGGAGCCCCCCUGGCCGUCAUCCUCAGCUACCCUCUGACCACCUACUACAUCAUCACCCAUCUGGCCCCACAACACUUUCCAGAGCUGAACAUCUUGAACAAGCACUCCCUCCGGAUCCACGUGGUGGAGGCCGGCAGAGAACUGGGGCUCCUGAUGGUCUUCUGGGAGCUGUCCGUCUUGCUGCCCCACGUCUCACUGGAGCUGCUCUUUGUGGGGGGGGCGCUGCCCCCUGAACUGGACGGCCAGCAGUUCCUCCUGCAAAGAGACGAGGAGGAAGGAGUCUCUGUCCGGUCUGGGUUAGAGGCCAGAUCCAAAGGGGGGCGACGGGAGCUGCAGCUGGGUUUCAGUGCCCGCCCCUACCACCUCCUGCAAGCCCCGAAGCCAGACCUAGUAAUUGGAUUCAACUCUGGCUUUGCCCUCAAGGAAACCUGGCUGAGUUCUCUGCCUCGACUCCAGUCCCUCCGGGUCCCGGCCUACUUCACCGAAUGCAGCGAAUACAGCUGUGCCGUGGACGAGGCUGCCGUCUCCAUGGCGACGGGGGGCAGUGCCAGCCCCGCACUCAUGAACCCCUUCCGCUCACCCUUCCGCCAAGCCGGCAUCGACAACACCAUGCCCUGGUACACCAAUGCCUUCAUCUUCCAUUUGAUAUACAAGACGGCUGCCAACAACCACCGCCAGGCCCCCGUGCCUCCUUCCCUGCCCCUGCCAGCCAAGGGCAACCCGGAGCCAACCCACAGCCGGCGCAAAGAGAAGAGGCAUCUCCGUGCUGGAGGGCGGCGGCGCAAGGCCACCACCAUGUGCACGGGCAAAUGCUCCCGCUUCCUGGGGCUCUCGCUGCUGGCCAUGGGGCUGACCUGCAUGGUGGCCAACGUCCUGCUGAUGUUCCCCAACGCGGAGAGGAGCUGGACCCCCAGCAACAUCACCCUGCAAGUCUGGCUGAUGGGGGGCCUCCUGGGCGGGGGCCUGAUGCCGGCAACGGGCUCCCUCGCCGCCCUCCUCCUCUUGAACUUUGGACAAACUCUCCCCUCCGCCCAGGAAAACAGACUGGCGUUUUUAUCUGGCCUGGGGAGAGAAGCCGGAGGGGUCCCUGAACCCCUCCAGCCAGGCGCCCUCUGA